AUGGAACCUCCCGCUCAAAUCCCCUGUUCCGGCAAUUGCCUCGUCCACCUACACUCCUUCUCCGGCAACGUCUGGCUGGUCCGCCGCAUCUACACUUUACGGCAACAUCUUUUCCCGGACGGCAUUAUCCGUUUUCCGUACACACGACCCAAUCACCCGCCAACUUUCCUUUCCCUCAUAGAUAUCCUCACCUUACAUUUCCAAGAUAGGAAAGCCGCCAUGGAACGCCUCGGCCACCGAGCCCAAAACUUCGUCGCCAUCAUCCCCGCCAGCAGCAAUACCUCCCGCUAUCAAUCACAACUCUCCGCCGGCGCCACCGCCGCCGGAAUUCGCAUUCUCUUUUUCAUCGAAGCUCCGGUUCUUGCCGCCUCCUAUUACAAAUCUCACACCCCAGGCCACAGAACCGUCCUCGUAUUCGACCUCGAUGUUCACAUCUUCGAAGUCUCUCUGCUCACCGAAGAUGAGAAUCUAAAAGUGAAGGCUGCCGUUUCCGACUUGGGCUGCCCACUCUUCAACUACAUGGUUUCAGAGAUACAGCGCAAGCUUGGAAUCGACAUCAGCGGUGACGCUACCUCCUCCGUUGCAUCGGACAGUCCUGCGAACGCGCCAAGGACUCCAUCUGUUCGGGCGUGGCUGGUGUGGAGCUUGAGUUUGGGCAACAAGGCAGGAAGGCAUCUUCACAUCGGAAUCAUGAGGUGCUUGAUGGAAGCCGGAGUCAAGCGAGAAGCCGUGGAUGAGAUUGUGCUCGCCGGAGCAUGCACUAACAUACCAGAGGUCCAACAAGCUCUUCGACAGUUCUUUGAAAGGCAGCCUUUCAGAUGUGACAUCGACCCUGCAAAUCUUGUGGAGUUGAGGGCCACGCAAUGCUUACGAAAUGUCUCCGCUAAGAACUUGCACUUGUUGAAUCUCUUUUGUAUUCGCUCUAGGAUAGUACUUUGUGGAUAUGAUGGAUUCCCUACAUCUGAGGACAAUGUAUCAGGCUGCCAUUGGGUGAUUGUUGAUCGUGGGGUGUGGUAG